AUGGUCGCCCCAACACUCUCAACCCUCCGACGCGAAAUCGUGUCGCCACUCACCCUGAACGAGGCCUCCACCCUUUCAACCACCAGUCUUGGAGUCAACCCGGCCCCUAGGAAGGGUUCGGCCUUCUGGCUUUCCUUCCUAGCCAUCUUGGUGUCUAUGUUCCUCAGCGCUUUGGAUCUGUCCGCCAUACCCACCGCUUUACCAACGAUCACCGACGACUUGAACGGAGGCGACAAGUUCAUCUGGGUAGGCUCCGCAUACGGCCUCGCUAGUGCCGCCGUCCUUCUGCUAGCGGGGCGUCUCGCAGACAUUUUCGGACGCAAGCCCGUCAUGCUUACAAGCAUAGCGCUGUUCACUCUCGGCAGCGUCUUGGCGGGGAUCUCAAAUAGCAUGGACAUGUUGAUCGGAGCAAGAGUGGUCCAAGGAAUGGGAGGCGGAUCUAUCAUAACCAUGGCGGAGAUCAUCAUGGCGGACCUCGUCCCACUAGCGGAGCGUGGGGUGUAUCAAGGGUUCAUCGUCCUCGUAUGGGCUCUCGCAGCAGGCGUGGGCCCCGUCAUCGGCGCAGUUUUGGCUCAGAAAGCUUCAUGGAGAUGGCUGUUUUACCUGAACUUGCCCCUGACGGGUAUUGCUUUCGCCCUCGUUUCGAUCUUCCUCCGCGUGCGCUCUCCACCCGGAUCCGUCCGGGAAAAACUGGCUCGGGUCGACUGGAUUGGCAACAUGUUGAUGGCUGCGGGAUCUACUCUCGCACUCCUCGGCCUCACAUGGGGAGGCGUCAGCUACCCAUGGGAUUCGGCUCACGUCGCUGUACCUUUGGUCAUCGGCCUCUUCCUCAUCGGUCUCUUCGUUGUCUACGAAGUAUGCAUACCCGUAGAGCCGACAUUCCCUCUGCAAGUCGUAGCGAACCGAACAAGCGCGUCCGCGUAUCUCGCCACCUUCGUUCACGGGAUCACAAGCAUGUCUGCGAUAUAUUACCUCCCAGUCUAUUUUCAGGCAAGCCUCGGCGCAUCUCCGCUGCGGUCCAGCGUGCAAACCCUUCCCACGGCGCUCGUCAUUGCUCCCUUCGCGCUCUUCUGCGGUAUCAUCGUCAAGGUUAUAAAUAAAUACCGGGCGGUGAACGUCGUUGGAUGGAUUAUCUCCAUCAUCGGGUUUGGCCUCCUUUCUCUUCUGCGCGCGGACAGCCCGACGUCGCAGUGGGUUGGUUUCCAGUUUCUGAUGGCUGCCGGGUCGGGUAUCGUCUAUGCGUCGACUAUCUUCGCCAUCUUGGCGCCUCUCCCGGUCUCCCGCAACGCCGCCGCGCUCGCGUUCUAUACAUUCUCUCGGACUUUUGCCCAAACCUGGGGCAUCGCCAUCUCCGGCACCAUCCUGCAGAACCAGCUCAAAAACCGCCUCCCCGCCGCGUUCACUUCCCAGUUCCCUGCUGGGGCCGACAUCUCGUAUCAGGCGAUCCCGCUCAUCGCUAGUCUUGAGGAGCCGCUGCGGUCCGAGGUGCGCGCGGCGUUCGCGUUGAGUAUGGCCGUCAUCUGGAAGGUUAUGGUCGGUCUGUGCGGCGUCGGGAUCCUGACACUCUUCCUGCUCAAGGAAGUGCCGAUGGUGAAGCACACCGACGAGACUUAUGGUUUGAAAGAGACGUCCACGACGAACAUCUUGCGGGAUGUCGAGAAAGCUGGAUGAUCGUAGCAGGGAGGAGCAACAGGCAACACUAAUCUCGCAGUUUAAAUUAUUCGUGCGCAUGCG